AUGAAAAAAUACAACGUUACUUACAUCGAGGCUUUACGGGACAACAAGGUAAUAGCCACCUACUUCAAUAAUUCAACAGAAGGUUAUGGGUCUGUGGGGAAAGCCGGAUCCAGUGCUACGCCGAAGGUGUUUCGGAAACUUGUAGAUGAACUGGUUAUACCCAAGGUGGUCCCAUUAUCGGGAAAUAAGGUAACAAAAGUGUCGAGUUCACUGCUGGACGGAUUUGAAUGCUACUACGGAACAGAAGCUGGAAACAUGGUAUACGUGUGUUUCUCACCUGCAAAUGUGCCCAAAAUUUUGCCGCUACGGAUACUGACGGAAUUGAAGACCAUGUCUAACGAAACGGAUCAGGAACUGGAUUCGCACGUACGAACCAUCGUCGAGCAAUUCUACAAUGAGCUAAUGUCGUACCAUGACUCCUCGACGGCAGAGGCCACUGAGCAAGACAUGCAGGACAUUAUCCAGCUUAUGAAUGACAAUAUAGACAAGUUUCUGCAACGACAGGAGCGCGUAUCACUACUCGUGGAUCGGACCUCUAAACUGAAUCAAUCGAGCUACAAUUUCAAACGGAAGGCGGGACGAAUCAAGGCGAAAAUGUGGUGGCAGAACGUCAAAGUGUGCACAACUAUCGCAGCCGUUUCUGUGUUAGUCGUCACGACAGUCUUACUUGCGGUGCAUUUUAUGUAG